AUGCAGCAGCAACAGCAGCAGCCCAAGAGACCCAACUUCCUAGUCGUUGUGGCCGACGACCUAGGUUUCAGCGACAUCGAGCCCUAUGGCAGCGAAAUUCCCACACCCACCCUGGCCCGGCUGGCCAGAGAGGGCAUCUUGAUGACCGACUUCCACACGGCCUCGGCUUGCUCGCCCACGCGGGCAAUGCUCAUGUCAGGCACCGACAACCACAUCGCCGGCCUGGGCCAGAUGGCCGAGUUCAUGAAGAACAACCGCCAAUACCUGGGGCGCCCGGGGUAUGAAGGCUAUCUCAACUUCCGAGUCGCGGCGUUGCCAGAGAUCCUGCAGGACUCUGGUUAUCACACCUUGAUGUCAGGUAAAUGGCAUCUCGGACUGACAAAAGACCUAUCACCGCAUGCUCGCGGCUUCGAUAAGAGCUUUGUCUACCUCGCUGGCUCGGGUAACCACUACAACAACGAGCCCCAGCUGGGCGAUCAUCCGCUGCGGCAGCCUGCCACCUGUAGCGACGGACUCUGGAUGAGGGAUGAUCAGUUUCUCAACCGCAAGAAGGAUCUACCGUCGGACUUUUAUUCCACUGCUAAAUUCACCGACGAGUUGCUCGGAUUGCUGGAAGGCAGAUCGCCCCAGGACAGAGACCGGCCCUUCUUCGCUUAUCUCGCAUAUACCGCACCACACUGGCCCCUUCAGGCGCCAGCUAACGAGAUCGAGAAAUUCCGGGGUUGGUACGACGACGGGCCUGAGGGUCUGCGGGAUCGCCGGCUCAAGGCACUGAUUCAGCGAGGGCUAGUGCCUCCUGACGUCGAACCCGCGCCCAUGGUCGGGCAAGUCUCUCACGAGUGGCACGAGAUGGACGACCAUCAGCAGCGGGAUUCCUCUCGGCGCAUGGAAAUCUACGCCGCCAUGGUCAGCCUGAUUGACCAGCAUCUGACACGGGUCAUUUCGUACCUGGAAUCUACGGGCGAACUCGACAACACGUUCGUGCUGUUCAUGUCCGACAACGGCGCCGAGGGGAAACUGCUCGAAGCGCUGCCCGUAAUGGCCGGCGUGCCGCUGGUCCGCGUGAUCAAGGAAUUCUACAACAACACGCUCGACAACCUCGGAAACGCGGACUCGUUCGUCUGGUACGGACCGCGGUGGGCGUGCGCCGCCACGGCGCCGAACAAAGGUUACAAAGCCCAGGCCAGCGAGGGAGGUAUCCGCUGUCCCUGCAUCGUGCGCUAUCCGCCGUUCUCGCGCUCCACAGGCUCCAUGACGCACGAGUUCACCACCGUGAUGGACAUUUUGCCGACCAUUCUCGACCUGGCCGCUGUCGAACACCCGGGACCCGCAUUCCGGGGACGCCAAGUCGUCCCCCCUCGCGGGCGCUCCUGGGUCGAGUACCUGGACGCGCGGACCGAGACGGUCCAUGAGGGCGGCUGCCAGGAUGUGACGGGCUGGGAGCUCUUUGGGCAAAGAGCGAUCCGUCGAGGGAAAUGGAAGGCAUUGUUUCAGCCGGCGCCGGCGGGGUCCGAUGAGUGGGAGUUGUACGACAUGUCCAGGGAUGUGGGCGAAGUUCACAAUCUCGCAGGUCAGGAGCCAGAGGUCUUGAAUAGUCUCUUGGUGGAAUGGGAGCGGUACUCUACCGAGACGGGGCUGUAUCUGCCAGAACAAUAG